UCCGGAAUUAUCGUGAUGUUGUGCCUCUCGGUUUGGAAACUGUGCUACUGCACUUUAGUUGGAAGAAACAACACAGAACACACAGUAUAGUUUUAUUAGGCCUACACGAUUAUGCAAUUAUUAUAAACGUGCAAUUAACUAAUUAAGAUUUAAUUUCUCUAAAACCUUGGCAGGAUGAACGGAAUUGGGUGGGUGGGUCUCUUUGAAAACGUUUUUAAUUGUUGAGUAAUUGUCAUGCAUGCUGUAUUUCGCAAUAUUCCGUGUAAUUGUCAUGCAUGCUGUAUUUCGCAAUAUUCCGUGGAUUUGAUGGUCAGGUGGAAUAACUGGAAUUUGAGCAGAGUCACGCGAUAAAAAAGGGACCUCUUUCUCCACGAACAGAAGGACUACAAAUGCUUUCGGUUUUUCGCAUAUCUACUUUGUCGAAAGGAUUCAACUAGGACAGAUGCCUUGUCCAGUCCACACUGUACUACUGCCUAGGGUCAGGAGACCGCUUUCACGAUAUGUGAGGCAAAGGUCAGAAGGAGGAACCCGUCUAACUGUUGCUGAACACGAACUCGUGUUGUAAUGGAGACUCCGACUCAGAGGAACGGAUUCAAAAGAGAAAGUUACAUUCUCUCUGUGGAUGUGGGGACAACGUCAAUCAGAUGUCACGUUUACGACAAAGAAGCCCAGAUUCGAGGAUCAUACAUCACCAAGGUGAAUCUCUUGUAUCCCGAACCGGGCUUGGUCGAGUUGGACCCCGAAGAGCUGUGGAGAGGAUUCGUUAAGGUGGUGAAUGGUGCUGUGCAAGAUUCAGGUUUACAGAUGCGUCAGAUGGAGGCCCUGGGCAUCUCCACUCAGAGAGGCACCUUCACCACGUGGGACAGGAAAACAGGAGUUCCCUUUCACAACUUCAUCAGCUGGCAGGACCUGAGGGCAGUGGAGCUGGUGAGGUCAUGGAACAACUCCUGCACCAUGAAGGCGAUCCACAGCGUUAUGAUGGUGCUGCACUUCCUGUCCAAAAACAAGCGCUUCCAGGCGGCCAGCCUCAUAGUCUUCUCCACCCAACACGUCACCUUCCGCCUGGCCUGGGUCCUCCAACACUGGAAACAGUUAAGUCAAGCAGUAGCAGAGGGCAACUGCUACUUUGGGACAAUAGACACCUGGUUGCUUUAUAAACUCACAAAAGGAUUGGUCCAUGCCACAGACUACUCUAAUGCCAGUGCCACUGGGAUAUUUGAUUCGUACCAGUUGUGCUGGAGUGAAUUCCUGUGCUGUCUCAUCUCGCUGCCUCUCUCCAUCCUCCCCAAAGUACUGAACACUGGUCACCACUUUGGCAUGACAGAUCCCUCUGUCUUUGGGGUGUCGAUCCCUAUCAUGUCUGUUAUGGCAGACCAGCAGGCGGCCAUGUUUGGUGAGUGCUGCUUCGACAUCGGUGACGUGAAGAUCACCAUGGGAACGGGCACCUUCAUGAACAUCAAUACUGGGAGCAAGCCACACACGUCUGUGGCCGGUCUCUACCCUGUUGUGGGCUGGAAGAUCGGCCCAGAGGUGGUGUAUCUAGCAGAGGGCAACGCAGCAGACACUGGCACAGCCAUUAAAUGGGCACAGGAACUGGAGCUGUUCUCAGACGUACGGGAGACAGAUGCCAUGGCCAGCAGUGUGGCCAACUCGGACGGAGUGUGCUUCGUUCCCUCAUUUAGUGGCCUGCAGGCUCCUUUAAACGAUCCCAAAGCAUGCGCCUCUUUCAUGGGCCUAAAACCAUCCACAAACAAGAGUCACCUGGUCCGAGCCAUUCUGGAGUCUGUUGCAUUUAGGAACAAGCAGCUCUAUGAGACGAUGCUCAGAGAAACACACAUUCCCAUCAGGAAGAUCAGGGCGGACGGUGGCGUUUGCACCAAUGACUUUGUAAUGCAGCUGACGGCGGACCUGUUUGGCAGGAAGGUCGCUCGGCCGACCCAACACGAAAUGUCCUGCCUGGGGGCAGCCUUCGUUGCUGGACUGGGAGUUGGCUUCUGGAAGAGUCAGGAGGAGCUAAAGAGACUCCAGAGCACUGACCGAGUCUUCCUACCCCGGAAUGGGUAUGGAUUGGGUGAUGGGGGCACGGAGGGCGAGUACACACCCAUUCUGCAGAGCUGGGAACGGGCGCUGAAACGCUCUAUGAACUGGUAUGGCAAGCCCUGAGGCUCGUAGGACAGAGAGACGGACGUAGGCUUACAGUUGGGCGGACGCACAGACGGGACCUCUGGUGCUGCUGACCAAAGCCCUAAGAUUGCCUCUUUGAUGUCUGACCUCUCAAUAGUAUCUCGUUCUUUCUGUCCCGGGGGUUGGACAGAUGGGCAAAUAAAGUUUUUUUCUGAUCGUAUUAUUCGAAGGAAAUCUGACAUGACUGGAUCUGUAAGAUGUAGUAGAAUCCAACUGUGUUAUAUUAGUGACUACAUCAAGGAAGGAAGGAAGAUGCAUUUGAAAAGUAUUGGAACUGGGUUUUAGGACUGAGUGGUGGAACUCUAAUGCUGCUGAACCUUACGACCUUUGACCUUGAGCCACUGACCAUGCACUCAAGAUUAUUUUGACCCCCAAUACAACCUUACCUAACUCAUUACAGCACACAAGGAAAACGUUUUAUGAACGUUUCACAACGGAAAACUAAACUGUGAGUUUCUUAUAGAAAGUCCCUCCCUGUUGCAGUGUUUUCAUUUUGUCUGAUGAACCACCACCCAGGUGUGCCAGUACUGGAAUAGAUCAAAUAUAUAGACUGUCUGGAGAUGGGUUACUAGAGGAAACAGAACCAAACCAUAUGACCCCUGCUGGUUACUAUCCAGCCAUGCUAGAACCAAUGGAUUUCCAUUGAGACCAAUACUCCGUGGAUUUCCAUUGAGACCAAUACUCUGUGGAUUUCCAUUGAGACCAAUACUCUGUGGAUUUCCAUUGAGACCAAUACUCUGUGGAUUUCCAUUGAGACCAAUACUCUGUCGAUUUCCAUUGAGACCAAUACUCUGUGUAUUUCCAUUGAGACCAAUACUCUGUGUAUUUCCAUUGAGACCAAUACUCUGUGUAUUUCCAUUGAGACCAAUACUCUGUGUAUUUCCAUUGAGACCAAUACUCAGUGUAUUUCCAUUGCUCAGGCUUAGUUUCUUCUCUGCAGUGAGUCUGGAUCUGAGUACCUCCCUGACAAUUUCUAGAACGCAAACACAUUCUAACCGUUCUGUUCCUGAAUAAAAACGUACUAGGACCUAAAAGCAACAUAGAGAGAAAUAACAUAUUGUAAGUCAUCUUAAGGCAUUAUAAUAAGGCAUUAUAAAGGCUCAUGCAUACUUAUAUGUUAUAAAGCAUUAUACUGCAGGCUUUAUGUAAAGCAUUACACAAUCUUCUAAUCAGUCAGUGUUGGUAGCCAGUGUCUGUGCCUCAUCUGUCAAUCAUUGCAGUGCCCCCCAUUGUCCAGAGGAGGGAGCUAGUCACUGCUUUUCAACAGGGUUCUGGAACACAAUGGACAAUUCUAGAUAUAGAAUUCAUCUACUGUACACAGGGUUGGCUCUCAAAAGGCUUUCUCUUCUUGUCUACUCUCCUCUGUCUCUGCACUAAUAUAAGGCUCAUGUUUAUUAGGGCAUGCAGUGGAAAACAUUCUAGAAUGUUUUGAAACAGAAAAAGGAGAUCAGUGUUUCUUUAUUAAUCCCCCAGAGGAGACAUUUGAUUGCACCAGCCAAUACAUACAUGGACAAGGCCAUGUAGUCCCGCACUGUUUCUUCUUCUUCCAUUUGAUGACUAAUGAACGAAACAACCAUGGCUAGAUGAAAGCAAUGUAUGGCGGCAGGCCACUGGGGUACUUGUUUUCACUAAUCCAGAACUAUUUCAGAGCAGCGUAGUGAAGGAAAGGAGACUAUAGGAUUUGAUAGUAUUACAUAUUAUAAUACUUUUGAGAAUCAACCCUCAUCUGCCUGGUUGCUUGAAUCGGAAAUGUAUUUUUAUAGUUGUUUUAAUGUUCUUACAGACACAGUGAUUAUUGUGCUGCUUAAUUGUGGCCCUUGGGGGCCACCAUACCAUAACUUACCAUUGGAUAUUUGUGAAAUUUGUAUUAAUUUAUUUUGUAUUGCUAUCCAUCGCGCUCUCUUCAGUUCUGUAGCCUGCCUGCCUUUUUUCCAAAGAACAUCAAAUGCAGGAGAUGAUAUUUUAACCAAUAGGAUGCUGAUGUUUUAACACUAGAACAAGACAAUUUGACACCCUACUCUGUAUGUAUAACUGUUGUUAAAACUGUUGCCAAGUACUUACUUGUAAGCACGAUAAAAGCUAAAUUAGCUUGAUUUGUCUAUACAUUGUUAGCCAUUUGUCUGUGGAUAAAAUUGAGAAAAUAGCAUUGUGUAAUAACGGUUACACGGUUAAUAAUAACAUUAAAAACUUGAAUGAUCUAAA